AUGAAAAAUGUUAAUGUCAUCAAAGAAUUUGAUUCUUCAGAUCCACUUAAAUUAGAUAAUACCAAAAGCAUCUUGGAUUCGUUUCGUUAUGUUAAAGGAAGAAGAUAUCAUAAUCAAACAGAUGUAACUUAUUUACUCCCAAAUGACGAGAAAGAAGCUGAAAGAUUGAAUUUGCAGCAUAACAUUUUAAAGUUUGUCUGGAAACGUAUCUUUUCAUCCCCAGUGCACGAUUUACUAAAAUCUGGAGGGGCGAAAGUCUUGGAUGUAGGAUGCGGAACCGGGCGGUGGUUAUUAGACAUGGCCAAUGAAUAUCCAAAUUCCUCGUUCAUUGGCAUAGAUAUGUCCCCCAUAUUUCCUGAUGUCAACCAUAUCCCACAAAAUGUUGCUUUCCUACAGCAUAAUUUAAACGACGGCCUUCCAUUCCCAAUUGAGACUUUUGAUUUCGUGUUUCAAGGAUUUUUAGGAAAUAAUGUGAUAAAUAAACAAUGGGAAUACUACACCCGAGAAAUGAUACGCGUGACUAAACUUGGUGGAUGGGUGGAGAUUUUUGAUUAUGUUGUUGAUUAUCAAAACUCGGGUCCAAAGUUCGCGAAAAUAAUGGAAUUAGCAAAUUCCGGACUCGAAGCUAAAGGAAUCAACCCUCAUCCCGAAACCUACGUUCCACAACUUUUAAAAAAUUGUCAAGAGUUAUCAGAAGUUCACUUUGAAGAAGAAAAUAUUCCAUUAGGAAAUUGGGCGGGCCAAUUGGGCGAAAUGAUGGUUGCAUAUUAUUUUAUGUCUUUCAACGCCUUUAAAUUAUUAUUCACUUCAGCUUGGGGAGUUUCUGAUGAGACUUACGACACCAUCUACGAUUAUAUUCGACCAGAGUUUGAAGAUUUCAAGAAGAUUCGAUUAUAG